CUGAAAAAUUCGCUGAGCACAGGUUCUUGCCUCUUGCCGCUGCUUGCUGCUCGUCUUCUCAUCCUCACCUUGUCAGUUGCCGGUCGCCUCUUCGGUCGUGGCUUCCCCGGUAAGUAAGCCAUAAAGAGAAGUCAACUUUAAUAAUAUGGACCUCAAACCGUUCAAAUUAGACAUUGAUGAGCUUAUAAAUGAGUUUGCCAAGGGUGGAUCUCCUAGUUUUGCAGAAAUGAAGAGAGUGUGGGUCUCUAAAAAGUUCUCCUAUAUUUUUGAGGCGAGUCCCUCUAAAGAUCAGGCAUGCUUUAUGCAAUCACUCUAUGCCUACUGUAGUGGUUACAUGGUGUCUACUUAUUCUCUUUUGAGUAGACUGGGUGGGCUUUAUUCCCUAUACUGCCUUUAUGAGACGCAACCAUUCAAGCCUCCUUUCAAGAUUUAUAUAUCUCUAGGAGACCUGAAGAAUCUUCGGAACAUUAUCGCAGAGGCAAAGGCUAAAGAUGUUAAAGUAGUCCCUGCUUUAGUCAAACGUAUGUUAGACAGGAACAUGUUUCUUUUUGGGUCUGUGGAUGUGAAUGAAGGCUCUGUAGCUGAGAGAUUAGAUGAACUGACGGAAAUACAAAAUGCAAGUAUCCGCAUAGCAUCCAAAAAGGCAUGGAGCUUGAGGUGGAUUUGCUCAAGCAAAAGUCAGCAGAAUAUGCAAGGGCCAAGGAACUUGCUAUUAGAGGUAACCUCAAUGAGCUUCUUAAGCUUUUAACAGAAAACAUAUUUUGGUCAUUUUCUAUUUGUUGUCAGCACUAAUGAUGCGUUACACUGUUUGUUACUGCUUGUUGAUACUGCUCAUUUUCAUUUUGUCUUUGAGCCGAGGGUCUCCGAAAACAGCCUCUCUAUCUUCUCAAGGUGGAGAUAAGGUCUACGUACAUAUUACCCUCCCUGGACCCCACUUAUUGGACUAUACUGGAUAUGUUGUUGUUGUUGUUGUUAUACUAUACAUGUGUUAAGACACAUUUUGUAUUAUUUCGAAAGGAUUAUCCAAGUCUGAGUAAUACAGGUCAAAUUUUCUUCUAUCUUAGAAGUAUUCCUUUGCUAAAGUCAAUAUCCUAUGUGAGGUAAUAAAAAAAUCAUUUAUGGUCUAAAUUUAUAUAUUUGGUACAUACAAAGCUAUUGUGAAUAUGGUGACGCAGUGAAGCUACCAAUUAGUUCACAAAGUAUUGCAUUCCUUUUGUUGAGAAUGUAUAUAGGAAUGCACGCAUUCCUUUUGCAUUCCAAGAUUCUUCUUGAAGCGGCUAAAGACAUGGUGGAUGUAGAAAAUAUAAAGCACAUAACAGAGAACCAGACAUUGAUAGGGGAUGUAGUUGAGAAGACUGCUGAGGAUUGGAAAGCUCAGAAGGAAUUAUUCUACCAACAAACAGGCGCUCGUUAUCAGCCUGUCAAAGACUCGCUUGACAUUGUAAAGGAAAAGCAGGAAAAGUUCUCCCAACAAGAAGUGGCUGAAGAGCAAGAUGGCAACGAAGACUUCAGUAAGGAACUAGAAGCAGUGCUAUUGUCGGAGCAAACUAGACAAUAGGGAGAGAACUUGUAUAAAAAGCUUGUGUUUAGAAACUGGACAAUAUUUUUAGAAGGUUUGACACUAAGUUAUAAGUAUGCUUGUAAAUGAUUUUCGCAGCUACAUGAAAGAGCUUG